AUGGGAAACAAUAAAAAGCGAAGCAGGAGAAAACCAGGAGCUCGUAAUUAUGCUGAUUAUUCAGCGGAAAUGUUAGACGUUGCAGCGAAUCUCGUGCGAAAUAAAUUUAUUUCGUCAUACGAAGCGGAAAAGCAGUUUGGGAUCCCGCGUCGGACCGUUCUCAAUAAAUCUAAAAACAUUCAUAACAAACAAUUUGGACGACCCACAGAGUUAUCAGCAGAGGAAGAAGCUCACAUCGCAGACGUAGUGAAACUUUCUGCUGAAUUUGGCUGUCCUUUUACUAUUUUAGAUUUGCGCAUUUUAGUUUACAACUAUUUAGUAAAACGCGGAAAAGAUCUUUACAAAGGAAAAAUGCCAGGUGAACGUUGGGCCCGUGCUUUUUACAACGUCACAAUUUUUCCGAAAGGGCAGCACAAAAUAUAA